AUGCCACCAGCGAUCCCCCAAACACCUCACAAGGACGACCUGGAAGAAACUUGGUCGUUCUUGGAGAGUGGUAUCAACAGCGUGAUGCACAAGCUGGAGGAUGGCGUGGAUAUGAAACAUUACAUGGCUCUUUACACGGCCGUCCACAACUUUUGCACAUCACAGAAAGCCGUCGUUAGUAACCAAGGCCUACAAGCCCACCGUGGAGGUUCGUCCGCGAUCACGCAUUCCCAUCUCCAAAAUGCCCAAUCCCAGGAAAAAGAAAACAAAUCGCUAAUGCUCGGUCCCCUAACCACAGCGCACUUGCUGGGCGAGGAACUCUACAAAUUACUGGGCGAAUACCUUUCCCGUCACCUGGAGGAAGUUCACCAAAAGUCAACUGCGCAUACAGAGGAAGCUCUUCUCGGAUUCUAUAUUCGCGAAUGGACUCGCUAUACGACUGCCGCCAAGUACAUCAACCAUCUCUUUAGUUACCUCAACCGACACUGGGUCAAGCGCGAGAUCGAUGAAGGAAAGAAGAAUGUGUAUGAUGUCUACACACUUCACCUGGUUAAGUGGAAAGAUGACUUCUUUGAGCAUGUGCACUCUAAGGUAAUGGAUUCGGUGCUGAGUUUGAUUGAGAAGCAGCGAAACGGCGAAACCAUCGAACAGUCCCAGAUCAAGAGCAUUGUCGACUCAUUCGUUUCCUUGGGACUAGAUGAGAAUGACAGCAAAAAGUCCACCCUCGAGGUCUACCGACACUACUUCCAACAGCCGUUUAUCGAUGCUACCAGGAAGUACUAUGAGAAUGAGUCACGUCAAUUCGUUGCAGAAAAUAGUGUUGUGGAAUACAUGAAGAAGGCGGAGGCUCGUCUAGAUGAGGAGAAGGCCCGUGUUGGUCUGUAUCUUCACUCUGAUGUCACCAAAAGCCUUACAGAGACUUGCCUGGACGUCCUCGUUACUGCUCAUUCUAACCUUCUACGCGACGAAUUUCAAGUCUUGCUUAAUAAUGAACGUCAGGAAGAUCUUGCUCGCAUGUACGGACUCCUGUCGCGCAUCAAGGAAGGAUUGGACCCAUUGCGCGGUAUCUUUGAGAAGCACGUCAAAAAGGCUGGUUUGGCUGCGGUCGAAAAGGUCAAUUCAGAGGGCGAAAAUUUCGAGCCCAAGCUUUAUGUGGACGCCUUGCUCCAGGUCCACUCUCGCUAUCAAAGCCUUGUCGAAGAUGCAUUCAACGGCGAGUCUGAAUUUGUUCGAUCGCUGGAUAAUGCUUGCCGCGAAUUUGUCAACCGCAAUUGCAUUGCCCAGUCGAACAAUACAAAGUCGCCCGAAUUGCUGGCAAAAUACACCGAUUCGUUACUGAAGAAGGGAUCCAAGGCUGCUGAGGAGUCGGAGCUCGAGGAGAUGCUUGUCCAGAUCAUGACCGUUUUCAAGUACAUCGAAGAUAAGGAUGUCUUCCAGAAGUUCUAUUCCAAGGCUCUCGCAAAGCGUCUGGUACAUGUCAGUUCUGUAUCCGACGACGCAGAGACAAGCAUGAUCAGCAAGCUCAAGGAAGCAUGUGGUUUCGAGUACACCAACAAGUUGCAGCGCAUGUUCCAAGACAUUCAGAUUUCCAAGGAUCUCAAUGCCAGCUACAAAGAUUGGCAAGAUAAGAAGUUCUACUUUGACAAGCAUAAUGGCCGUAAGCUGACAUGGCUGUGGCAGCUAUGCAAGGGUGAAAUGAAGGCAAACUACAUCAAAGGUGCCAAGGUUCCUUACACAUUCCAAGUUUCCACUUUCCAAAUGGCCAUUCUCCUGCUCUUCAACGAGGCUGAGACCAUGUCCUACUCCGAUAUUGAAAAGGCCACCAACCUUACUCCCGAAGUUCUCGACCCCAAUCUCGCUAUUCUCCUGAAGGCCAAGGUGCUACUGGCAAGCCCCGAGGGUGGCAAGCCCGAUCCCUCAAUGUCCUUCACCCUUAACUACAACUUCAAAAGCAAGAAAGUCAAGGUCAACCUUAAUAUUCAGAUCAAGUCUGAGCAAAAGGUAGAGACCGAUGACACCCACAAGACCAUUGAGGAGGAUCGCAAGCUGUUGCUACAGUCUGCUAUCGUCCGUAUCAUGAAGUCUCGCAAGAAGAUGCGGCACGUCCAGCUCGUUCAAGAAGUCAUUAAUCAAGUCAAGUCGCGCUUCCCGCCUCACGUCACUGAUAUCAAAAGGAAUAUCGAGGCUCUCAUGGAGAAGGAUUACAUUGAACGUCUGGAAGGAGAAGAGAUUGCUUACAUCGCUUAA